GUCAGAUUGCCGCAGCAGCCACUCGCCAUCAUCUCCGUCUGAGACAAUUGCUGUGGUCACACACACACACACGCACGCACACGCACACACACACACGCACACACACACACACACACGCACAUACACGCACACAUCACAUCACAUCACGUCACGGGUGCGUGGUUGACAGGGUUGUUUGGUGGACACAUAAGCACGCCCCUUGGCAUUGGGAGCAGCAAUGAUGCAGCGCGGCGUGGGUCGCGCUUCUGCCGCAUUACGGCAGGCAAUACAGCAGCCACUGCGGCAGCAUCACAACAAACCCCACAGCUGUCGGGCGCCACGCCAGCAACAGCCAGCAUCGCAGCAACCACAGCCACGUCAACAGUGUCGGCACUACCACCAGCAGCCGCAACAAGCGCCGGCGGCACAAGCACAGCCAGUUCGGCGGCAGGCACGCUGGUUUGGCGUGCUGUCUUCACAGGCAACGGGCACGACACGCGCAACUGCGGCUGCACGCUCGGGGCUAACUGCACAGCGACGACAUGCGUCGGCAGGCGUACUUGCCUCGCUCUUUGUGCUCUCACGGCGUGCCGUCCUCUACCCAGCCAUUGUCAUCGGUGGCAUCGGCGCUGCCGCCGGCGAGAUCAAGAAACACAUUCCUGACAUGGAGCUACCGCCAGGGAUCAGCGACCUGUCUGAAGGCGUGGAUGGCAUUCUCGGGUAUCUGCGCACGGAGAUGGGCCACGUGCGUGCGCGCAUGACUCCGGGCAUUGCCGACGAGCACGGCAACAUCAAGCCCCACGUGGGCCUUGUACCGACUGCACACUGCACCGCAGCAUCAGAGGACGAUGGCACCACAGGUGGUGACGGCGACCCGUCAACACCGCCCGCCGGCGCCGGCGAUGGCGACGACGACGACAACAGCGCAACAGGCCGCAAUAGCGUGCGAGAGGAGGAGCACAGGCAGCUUGUUGAAGAGCUGCGUGCGCAGGUGCAACAGGGGCAGGAGGCAAUUGACGCCCUGCAGCAGGCCAUGCGCAAGCUGAGGGAGGAGAAGGAGACAGAGAUUGCUCUCUUGCACGAGCAGCUCGCAGACCUGCAGGAGCAGCUCAACAACUCAAAUGAUGCGGCACAGCAAGAACUGCAGGCGGAGCGUGCGCGACUGCAUAAAGUGAUUGAUCAGCUCAAGGCGGAGAACGAGGAACUGCACCGCCUGCAAAUCAUCCGCCAGCAAAAGGGCGCGCACACGCGGCAGAAGCGCGCGAUUGAUCUCUUCGCGGAGAUUCUUGACCUGCGUUCCCAGGUCGACUCGUCCUUCGAUGCACAGGAGCGCCUCCCACGCGUCGUCGUCGUCGGCGACCAGAGCGCGGGCAAGACGAGUGUGCUGGAGGUGCUUGUGCGUGCGCGCAUAUUCCCGCGCGGAGCCGGUGAGAUGAUGACGCGGGCGCCGAUCCAAGUGACCAUGAGCGAGGGCGCACACCACGUGGCGCGCAUCAGGGACGAGGACGUCGUGUACAACCUGCGCAGCGAUGCGGACCUGAGGAAGCUGCGCGACAGGAUUGAGGACCGCAUGCUUAAGUCGCUGGAUGCGGAGAAUGUGGUGAGCAGCCGCACACUUGCGCUUGAGCUUGAAGGCCCUGGUCUGCAGCCCAUGGUGCUCGUCGACCUCCCAGGCAUCAUCCAGCACCACACACGCGGUAUGCCAACAACAACUAAGAACAGCAUCCUCGGCAUGUGCAAGGCGCAUAUUGCAAAUCCAAACGCCAUCAUCCUCUGCAUCCAGGAUGCCUCGCGCGAUGCUGAAUCGAGCAGCGUCGCCGAUCUCGUCAGGGAGGCCGACCCCGAAGGUGACCGCACCGUGUUUGUGCUGACCAAGGUCGAUCUCGCAGAGAAGCUCUCAAUCUCAAAGCAAAAGCUGCGCGCCACGCUCAACGGCGAGCGGUUCAACAUGCACGCGCGUGCAUAUUUUGCUGUCGUCACCGGCACAGCCAACCCGAACGACAGCAUCGACACCAUCCGGCGCACGGAGCGGCAGUACUUUGCCUCCUCGCCGUUCUUCAAGUCCAGCCAGGUCGGCACAGACAAGCUCGGCACUGAUAACCUCUCCAGAAUGGUGUCUGACAUCUUCUGGGAACGCGUCCGUGAAACGGAGACGGAGGAGAAAAAAAACUACAAUAAGAGGGGCGCAUGA